AAAUACCACAGUGACAUGUGGCACGAUACGGACUGUAACUUCUGUAGCUGUGACGGAGGACGGGUGGCUUGUCGGAAGGCAAAGUGUGCCAAAGUGGACUGCGGGCAGGGUGAAGAAUUAUCUCAUUUACCAGGCAAGUGUUGUCCUGAAUGCAUUUCAAGAGGGGCUUCCUGCGUUUACAAAGACUCUACCAAAGAUAGUGGUGAGAAAUGGAAGGAAGGCCCAUGCCGUGACUGCGAAUGUUUGGACUCUAAAGUAAACUGCUAUUCUCAGUCUUGUUCAACGUGUCCCACAGGAAGUGUGGCUGUUGCCAUGCACGGAGAGUGCUGCCCUCAAUGCAAGCCAGGACACUGCCACCCUGAUUGCUUGACCUGCACCCGGGCGUUUGAUCGUUGCGAUGCCUGCCGAGAGUCCUCCAAGUUUCUCCUGAACGGGCGUUGCGUCGACAGCUGUGGGGUUGGCUUCUAUCCAGAUGCUGGCCUUUGCGUAGCUUGUAAAGAGAUGUGCUUGACUUGUACUAAUAAAUUUGGAUGUACUUCCUGCCAAGCUUCGCUGCAUUUGAAGAAUGGCCAGUGCGUGACGUCAUGCGGGGAAGGGUUUUUCCCGGGACCUCUCCAGUGCACAGCUUGUCACGAAUCCUGCACUACGUGCCGCGGUCCGACGGCAAGCAACUGCUCCACCUGCCGAGACCCAUCCCUCGUCUUACUGGAAGGCACCUGCGUGGCUAAUUGCGGGCCGCGGUUCUACGUUACGGAUGGAGUUUGCAGAGCUUGCCGCGAAGGUUGUGACAGGUGUUACCUGGAGCAGCUGAGAUGUUUGUCCUGUGCUUCCGGCCGAGUUCUGCUGGGUGGCAACUGCCUAUCAGAAUGUCCCUAUGGCUACUACGCGGAUGGUUCCCGCACAUGCAGAGCUUGCCACAGUUCGUGCGCUGGCUGCACAGGACCUUUGCCCACUCAGUGUUCCUCCUGCUCCUUCCCCCAGGCCUUCUACCAGGGCCAGUGUCUCCUCGCCUGUGGAGAGGGCUUUUAUCAGCACCACAACCUCUGUAAAGGUUGUCAUUCAUCCUGCAGAGCUUGCGUUGGCCCAGAACAUUCACACUGUAUGCAGUGCAUGAACCCAGAGGAGAACCUUCAACCGCACCUGAGCCUUGAGGAGAGGCCGGUUGGCACCUGCUUGCCUCAGUGCAAAGCCCACUUCUACAGUAACGACGACAGGGUAUGCAAAGCGUGCCACUCCUCGUGCCUUUCUUGCACCCGAGGGUCUCCCGAGAACUGCACCGCUUGUGCCCCUCCUCAAGUCUUUCAUGAAGGCCGUUGCAGCUCAGAAUGUCCAGAGGGAUGGUAUCCUCAGGAAAGCCGUUGCUAUGCCUGCCAUCCUUCUUGCAAGACGUGCAGCGGGGCUGAGGAUGAUGAAUGCACAGCUUGUCACCCCCACGUCCCUCUGCUCGACGGAAGAUGCAGAACUCCCUGCAAGAGAGAGCAAUACCUCAAUCUGGUAGGAUACUGUGCGGGUUGCCAUCCGCUUUGUGAGUUGUGCGUGGCAGAUCUCCACACCGACAGAGGAAGCACCUGUCUCAGGUGCCACGAUGUCCAUCAUCUGCUUCUGAAGGACCACUGCGUGCCAGACUGCCCCGCGGGAUUUUACCAACGCGGAGGAGCGUGUCAGAAGUGUCACCCUUCCUGUAAAACCUGCACAGGAGAAGGCCCAUUUUCCUGCACUUCCUGUGAUCCCAACCUUGUCCUUUCUCACACUGGAUCAUGCCUCUCAGCCUGUUCCCCGGGAUUCUAUCAGGAUGAGAACCUUCGCUGCAAACCUUGCAGUGACUCGUGUUUGACUUGUGAUUCGAGAUCCCACUGUACAUCUUGCAAAGACCCAUCCAAAGUCUUACUCUUUGGAGAGUGCCAGUAUGAUAAAUGUCCAUCACAAUAUUUCCUUGAAUUGUCUACCAGGACGUGCAAAGAGUGCGACUGGAGCUGCAAUGUUUGCCACGGCCCCAACCAUACGGAUUGCCUGCAGUGCAUGGAGGGGUAUUUUCUCCAGCAAGGAGCCUGCGUUGAGCACUGUCUGCCGGCAUUUUAUAGGGAAUCCGAAACGUGUAAAAGAUGCGAUGAUGACAACUGCCUCCAGUGUGACGGGCCGGGGAAAUGCGUGCGCUGCCAGGCUCCCUUCCUGCUCCUGGAUUCCCAAUGCGUCUUGUCUUGUGGAAAGCGGUACUACGGAGACCACGGAGGGCAGAUAUGCCUAGCUUGCCCCGAGGGAUGCUUGGAGUGUGACAAUUCCACCGGAUGCCGAGUUUGUAAUUCCACGACAUUUCUCCAGGAAGGCCUUUGCGUGGCUGACUGUGGGCGCGGCUUUUCUUUCUUUCUUUCUUUUGUUUUAGCUUCUGGGCCUUUAGCUCCUGGGUUCAAUGCCAAGAGCCUCCUCUUGGUAGGAAUUGGGGGGCUGAAACUACUAGAUGGUUCCUUGCUGGAAGUAGAAAACCUAGAGAGCUAUGGAGAAGACCUCCUCUUUCGCGUGGCAGCCCUUCCCACCAAUGGCAGGCUGGUAGUCCUGGCUGAAGGGAAAGAAAGAGAACAGGACCAUUUCAGCUGGGAAGAUGUGAAGGAAGAGCGUGUUUUCUUCAUCCACGACAAAAUGAAAUCCAGGAAUGGCCAGUUUUUCCUUACACUCAGCUAUCAAGAAUUCACAUCUGAGCCAGUAAUGUUCACUGUUCGAGCUUUUUCAACACAGCCUCCUUAUGUCCUCAAGAACGAAGUCCUCGUGGUUAGCAAAGGAGACACGGGAACCAUCACCAGCCACUUGCUUGAUGUCCAGGAUAGGGAUAAUCCUCAAGAUGUGACGCUGACCAUUUUAGACCCUCCGAAACAUGGGCAAUGGGUCAAGCUUUCAGGAAAUACCCCGUUGACCCUGCGGGUGUUCAGCCUCAGCGAACUUUCAGGAGGAUUCGUGCAUUAUGUUCACGACGGGUCUGACAGUUUGGAAGACGCGGCAGUUCUACAAGUCAGUGAUGGGUGCCACUUUCAGAAUAUACUCUUCUGCAUCAAGAUUGACCUAAAGACCAUUCCUAGCAGGGACAGUGGCAUUCCCCGCCUGGUGAUCAGCUCUACUGUCUGGGUCCCAGAGGGAGGCAUGUUGCAAAUCACCAAAAAAAAUCUGCAAGCCGAGAUGUUUGGGGCCAGUGAUUCUGCAAUCAUCUAUAACAUUAAGGACAAGCCACAAUAUGGUGAAGUGGUGUUUCUGGUUCCCAUGCCCGCCGAUGAUUCUGGAUUAGGAUGGCAGCCUUUGGCCAGUGAAGGUAGAGCCACCUCUACAACCACCUUCACCCAACAAGACAUCAACGAAGGUGUCAUUUGGUACAGGCACUCUGGAGCCGAGACGGAGAGUGACUCAUUCCGCUUCCAGGUCUCUGGUGCAGGUUUCCCACAGACGCAUCUUGAGACCCACCUGUUCAACAUUGCCAUCUUACCGCCUCACUUGGCAUCACCUGUGUCCUCCGCCAGUUCUGCUUUUCACAUGACGGCACUAGAAGAUCGUGUGACACCUAUUCAACCCCAUCAACUGUCUUUUGUCAACGCACAGACUCCAAGUGAAGAAAUCACGUACAACGUGACUGUACCCUUGCCUCCAAAUCAAGGCAUGGUGGAGCACAGGGACAAACCGUUCUUCCCGGUAGCCUCUUUUACCCAAAGUGACAUCAACAAUGGCAAGAUUGUUUAUCGUCCACCUAGUGCUGGAUCGCAUAUUAAGGAGCUGAUGGAAUUCUCCUUUGCUGGUCUCCCGGAAUCGAUUAACUUUCGUUUCACAGUGUCGGAUGGAGAACAUAUAAGUCCCGAGAUGCCGUUUACCAUUCACCUGCUUUCCAUGGAUGUAGAGCCUCCAUUGUUCCAGAUGACCGCUCCAGUGCUCGAGGUCAGCCAAGGAGGCAGAGCUGCCAUUGGAAUAAAGCUGACCCUGAGUGACAGGCACAUUGCUGCUGAGGAUCUCUUCUUUGAAGUGGUAGAACCUCCUCACCAUGGAGCUCUUCUCAGACAUGGUUCUGGAUUCCCAGUCUACAUGGCAACAGGUGAUAGCUUCACCUAUGAGGAAGUCACCAGGAACGCCUUGCAUUAUCUUCACGACGGCUCAUCCUCAGGAGAAGACAGCAUGGAAAUUUCCGUCACUGACGGAAAUACCAAAGACGUGGUUUUGCUCAAGGUGGAGGUGACUCCAGUGGACAUUAACGGGCCCAGGUUGGAUCCUAGCUGCUCGCUGAGUAUCACCGUGGCUGGUAAAAACUCCGUGAUCAUCACUCGAUCCCAUUUUGCCUAUAUUGAUAACAAUUCCCCAGAUUCUGAGAUAAGGAUUCAGCUAAUUUCUCUUCCAAUGUACGGCAGUCUUAUGCGGACGGCCUUUGAACGACAAUCAGAUGAGUCUUCGGAGGUCUAUAAUUUCACAAUGGAAGACAUUAACCAUCAAAGAAUCAGAUAUUUCACCGAGCUUGAAACGGUUUUCGAUCAGCCAAUCACAGAUGUCUUCUACUUCUCCGUGUUCGAUGCGGACAACAACCAGCUCAAUAGCCAGAUGUUCACUGUUACUAUCACAGCAGCCCAAAGUGUGCCUCCGGUUGUUACCUUUUCUGACCAACUUACGGUAGAAGAAGGGGGGCGAACACCACUCCUGCCUCAUCACACCCUUGGCCUUGAAGGUGGCCUUGCUGAAGAAGGCCUGGUUGUAAAAAUCACAAGUCUUCCAAAAUAUGGGUACAUUGAAAAUACCAGGACAGGUAAGGAUUUUGGAAACACCGAAAGUUCUGAUUUUUCUUUCUCACUUCAAGAUGUGUUGGAGAACCGUAUUUAUUAUUUUCAGAACGUCCAUGAAAGUAUUGAGCCAUCAAUGGACAGCUUUAGUUUUUAUAUCAGUGAUGGCUUCAGCCAAUCAGAAAUCAGCAGUGUCAACAUUACUAUUAAGCGCCUGAAUGAUGAGCGCCCUCAGGUAAAGGUGACCCCUAUCAGUGUGCGUGAAAACACAGGCGUAGUGAUUCGGAAUUCCUCCUUGCGGCUAAAGGAUCUGGACACUUCAAAUGACUUUCUGGUUUUCACAGUCACCAAGGCACCCAUUCAUGGAUACCUGUAUAGAAGGGAAUCUCCUCUGCAUUCUCUGGAGAAUGGACACGCUCUCUCAGAGGGAUCUACUUUCACCUACCAGGAGAUCCUGGAGGAACGUAUCGUUUACAAAUUGAACAGUUUGGUAGCCGAAAGGGACGAGUUCCAAUUUUCACUCUCAGACGGUCUCCACAUCGAGACAGGGAAAGUGGAGUUUGCGGUAGCCUCACCCAGGACGGACCUUCUCAGAUUAGUCGUGAACAAAGGCCUACAACUCCUUGCUGGGUCGGUGGCAGUCAUUACAAGCCAGCAUUUAAGAGCCACAGAUCCUGAUUCAGAUGACCUGUCCAUCAAAUACAUCGUGAAGAAGGACCCAACCUAUGGAUCGUUGCACCUGCAUGAGGGAGAUCCUUUGACGCAGAUCUCUGCUCGGGGACCAGCCAAAAGUUUUACCCAGGCCGAUAUAAACAAAGGACAAGUCCAAUACAGCCAUGAGAAAGGAGAAGCAGUUGGGACAUUUUUCUUUGUUUUUGAUGUGGCAGAUGGAGAGGGAACCAGAAUGGCAGACUUGAAGUUUUCAAUUAACGUAACAGGGGACCCAUUGCCUUUGUCCGUCACUGUCAACACUGGGCUAUCCCUGGACGAAAACUCGGUGAAAAAAAUCACCCCUUUGGAGCUGUCAGCCAAGAAGCAGGGUGGAGAAUCCAGUGAUCUCCUCUACAGGAUUAUUAAACAGCCCCAGCUGGGACACUUGGAGCACACGGCGUUUCCAGGCAGAAGGAUUAGUUCCUUCCAACAAGAAGACCUUAUCUCCCACAGCCUCCACUACAUCCAUACAAGCGAGGCGGAAGAACACGCUGACAUAUUCACUUUCACCGUUUCGGAUGGCCGUCAGGAGGUGACCCAGAAUUUUGAAAUCACCAUUAACCCUGUUGACGAUUCUUUGCCGGUGGUGCUGGCCGCGGGUAUGACUGUGCAGGAAGGCGUGAGGAAAACCAUCACGGAAUUUGAUCUCAAAGCCACCGACGCGGACACAGAGGCCAAGUCUGUUACCUUUAGCAUUGUGCAGCCCCCACGCCAUGGACAGCUGGAGCGCACCCACGAUGGCCACCAUUACCAGCAGGCCCAUGCCUUCUCCAUGGAGGACGUCUUCCAGAACCGAAUCAGUUACAGUCACGACGGAAGCAAUUUUUUAGAAGACCGUUUCACUUUCACCGUUUCCGAUGGGACCAAUCCCUUUUUUGUGGUGGCAAAGGAGGGGAAAGAGAUUGUGACCGCUGUGCCUCAGUGGUUCAGAGUAGAAAUUCUCCCUGUGGAUGAUGGGACUCCAAGAGUUGUCACUAACUUAGGUCUUCAGUGGUUGGAAUAUAUGAAUGGCAAGCCAAAAAACCUCAUCACCAAGAAGGAGCUGCUGACUAUGGACCCUGAUACGGAAGACGGCCUCCUGAUCUAUGAAAUAACAACGGGGCCCAAAUAUGGUUACGUGGAGAAGAAAUUGCAGCCAGGAACGACGGUGACUACCUUUACGCAAGAGGAUGUGAAUUUGGGGUUGAUCCAGUAUGUGCUCCAUGAAGAGAAUAUUCAAAGGACAGAAGAUAGUUUUCAAUUUCUGGUGAAGGACAGCAAACCCAGCAUUGUCGCUGAUAAUAUCUUCCAUAUUCAGUGGUCUGUUAUCAGCUUUCAACAUAUGAGCUACAACAUCAGCGAAACGGCCGGUUCUAUCAGUGUGGCAGUGAGGAGGACAGGAAACCUCAAACAAUAUGCUAUUGUCCUGUGCCGUACAGAACAAGGAACGGCCACCUCUGGUUCAGGUUCUCAACGAGGAGAACAGGAUUACCUUGAAUACGCUAGCCAGGUGCAGUUUGAUGAAUGGGAAGACCUCAAAACCUGCACCAUAGUUAUCCAUGACGAUGGCAUCUUUGAGGGCAUAGAGAGCUUCAUCGUGGAGCUCAGUAUGCCAGCCUAUGCCUUGCUGGGCAACAUCACUGUGACCCAAGUCUUCAUUAAUGACGUAGAAGAUGAGCCCACCCUGCAGUUUGACAAGAAGGUCUACCACACCAUCGAGAGUGCCGGCAUCCUCUCGGUCCCCAUUGAAAGGAAAGGAGAUGCUAGCAGCAUUGUCUCUGCCAUUUGCUACACCAUCUCUCAAAGUGCCCAAGGAAGCAACAUGUAUUCCCUGGAGUCCGGCUCAGACUUUAAGUCCCGGGGAAUGUCCAAUGAGAACCGGAUCGUCUUGGGGCCUGGUGUCACCAAGACAGCUUGUGACGUGAAGCUGGUGGACGACAGCGAGUACGAAGAAGAGGAAGAGUUUGAAAUUGCUCUGACUGAUGUCUCCAAGAACGCCCGCCUUGGGAGCAUCGCUUCCGCUAAAGUUAUGAUCGGCGGCCCCAACGAUGCUUCUACUGUGUCGCUCGGAAGCGCGGCUUUUAGCGUUAGCGAGGAAGCAGGGAUUAUCGAAAUCCCCAUUACCAGACACGGGUCUGAUCUCUCCAUUCCUACCUCGGUCUGGUGCGCCACUAGGACGUCAGAUCCGCCAUCUGCUACUCCCGGAUUUGAUUACAUUCCCAGCUCCAAGAAGGUUGAAUUUCAUCCAGGGAGAACUGAAGAGUAUUGCACCUUGACUAUUCUGGACGACGCACAGUCCCCAGUGAUUGAAGGGGUGGAGACCUUUGUGGUCUAUUUGAGUUCCCCACAAGGAGCAGAGCUGGCCAGCCCUUUCCAAGCAGUGGUGGCCAUUAAUGACACCUUCCAGGAUGUUCCAAGCAUGAAGUUCAGUAAAGAUGUAUACUCCGUGAAAGAGAAGGACCGCAUCCUACAUGUUCCCAUUAUCCGUACCGGAGACUUAAGCUACGAAUCUUCAGUCAGGUGCCAUACACAGAGCCAGACCGCAAGAGUGAUGGAGGAUUUUGAGGAAAGGAGAAACGCUGAAGAAUCGCGCAUCACAUUUUUGAAAGGGGAGAAGGUAAAGAACUGCACUAUAAUUAUAAAUGAUGACUCUGCCUUUGAGCCGGAGGAGAGAUUCCGGGUAUAUCUGAGUGAACCCCAAGGCAACCACUGGAGUGGGGCUACCGUUGGGAAAAGCAACAUGGCUACUGUAGUUAUCUCCAACGACGAAGAUGCUCCCACCAUUGAGUUUGAAGAAGCUGGGUACCAGGUCCGUGAACCCCCUGGACCGGAAGGCGUUGGCUUCUUAAAUGUCAAAGUGAUCCGGACAGGAGACCAAAACAGGACUUCGAAAGUUCGCUGCAGUACCCGGGAUGGCUCAGCUCAGUCUGGAAUUGAUUAUUACCCAAAGAGCCGAAUUCUCAAGUUUAGCCCUGGUGUGGACCACAUUUUCUUUAAGGUGGAAAUCAUGUCCAAUGAAGACCGGGAGUGGCACGAAUCCUUUUCUCUGGUCUUGGGUCCAGAUGAUCCCAUUGAAGCCGUUUUGGGGGACCUCACCACCACAAUCGUGACUAUUUUGGACCAAGAAGCAGCCGGAAGCCUCAUUUUACCAGCUCCACCUAUAGUGGUCACGCUGUCAGAGUACGACCACGUUGAAGAAGAAACCUCAACGGGAGCUAAGAAGUCGCCAUCUCCAGGCUACCCACUGGUCUGUGUUACUCCUUGCGAUUCUCACUUCCCCAAGUACUCGCUGAUGAAGGAGCGCUGCGGUGAGGCCGGGAUCAACCAGUCCUCCAUACAGUUCAGCUGGGAAGUAGCUACCCCCACUGAUGGAAACGGAGCUAGAUCUCCUUUUGAAACCAUUACGGACAAUACUCCCUUCACCAGCGUCAAUCACAUGGUGCUGGACAGCAUUUACUUCAGCCGGAGAUUCCACGUACGCUGCGUGACGAAAGCCGUGGAUAAGGUCGGCCACGUGGGCACUCCCCUACGGAGUAAUAUAGUCACCAUUGGGACCGACAGCGCCAUCUGCCACACCCCUGUGGUGGCUGGCACAGCCCGGGGGUUCCAGGCUCAAUCUUUCAUUGCCACCUUGAAAUACCUGGAUGUAAAACAUAAGGAACACCCUAACAGAAUCCACAUCUCGGUACAAAUUCCACACCAGGACGGGAUGCUCCCCCUGAUUUCCACCCGACCUCUGCACAACUUGCAUUUCCUAUUGUCAGAAUCCAUUUAUAGGCACCAGCAUGUCUGUUCCAAUAUAGUCAGCAUCCAAGAUCUUAAAGGCAUCUCAGAAGCUGGGUUUCUAGAUGAAGUGACGUACAACAAUAUUGUUCUGGGGCCUGGAUAUGACCGGCCGCACCAGUUUGACCCCAACGUGAGAGAACCAAAGACUAUCCAGUUCUACAAACAUUUGAACCUGAAGAGCUGCAUUUGGACCUUCGAUGCCUACUAUGACAUGACGGAAUUAAUUGAUGUCUGUGGAGGAUCCGUCACUGCCGACUUCCAGGUUCGGGAUUCUGCUCAGUCGUUCUUGACAGUCCAUGUCCCACUUUACGUCUCCUACGUUUACGUAACCGCGCCCAGAGGCUGGGCUUCUCUUGAGCAUCACACGGAGAUGGAGUUUUCCUUCUUCUAUGACACCAUUCUCUGGAGAACAGGUAUACAGACGGACAGCGUCCUGUCAGCCAAACUGCAGAUCAUCAGGAUCUACAUCCGAGAUGAUGGUCGGCUGGUCAUUGAGUUCAAAACUCACGCCAAGUUCAGAGGGCAUUUUGUGAUGGAACACCACACUCUGCCAAAUGCCAAGUCUUUCAUCAUGACUCCUGACCACCUGGGAGGGAUGGAAUUUGACCUACAGCUCUUGUGGAGUGGACAAACCUUUGACUCUCCUUAUCAACUCUGGAGAGCAACUAGCUCCUACAGCAGGAAAGAUUAUUCCGGAGAGUACACCAUCUCCUUAAUACCAUGUACGGUCCAACCCACACAAUCUUGGGUUGAUCCGGGAGACAAGCCUUUACCCUGCACUGCUCAUGCUCCAGAAAAAUUUCUGAUUCCAAUUGCCUUUCAGCAGACGAACCGCCCAGUUCCUGUCGUUUAUUCCCUCAACACGGAAUUUCAGCUCUGCAAUAACGAAAAAGUUUUUCUCAUGGACCCAACCAAAACGGAGAUGCCGAUGGCCGAGAUGGACUACAAGGGAGCCUUUUCCAAAGGUCAAAUCCUGUACGGCCGAGUGAUGUGGAACCCGGAGCAAAACCUCAAUUCCGCCUACAAGUUGCAGCUGGAAAAAGUCUACCUCUGCACAGGGAAGGAUGGCUACGUCCCGUUCUUCGACCCAACGGGCACCAUAUAUAACGAAGGACCCCAGUACGGCUGCAUCCAACCCAGCAAACACCUGAAGCACAGAUUCCUGCUGCUGGACCGCAGUCAACCGGAAGUGACUGACAAAUACUUUCACGACGUCCCUUUCGAUGCCUAUUUCGCAUCCGAGUUGCCCGAUUUCCACCAGGUCAGCAGCAUACCUGGCGUGGAUGGUUUUACCAUGAAGGUGGACGCCCUAUAUAAGGUGGAAGCCGGGCACCAGUGGUACCUCCAAGUGAUUUACGUCAUCGGUCCUGAGGUGAUUGGAGGGUCCCGCAUGCCGCGUUCCGUGGUCCAUCACCUGAAGCGCGGCCGCCGAGAUCUCGUGGACCACAAGGGAGCCCCUGUUGUGGACGACUCCUUGAUCUACGACAACGAGGGGGAUCAAAUGAAGAACGGCACAAACAUGAAGUCUCUCAGCCUCGAGCAACAGGAAGCCAUCACCGUGGCCUCUCUUUCCCAGACCGGAGCCUCCAUCGGCAGCGGCUUUGCGGCCGUCCUGCUCCUCGUCCUCGUCCUCUUGUCCAUCUGCUUCGUCACCAGGAAGUGUCGGAAACACCGGAAGAAGAAGAAGAAGAAGAAAGCUGCCCAGGAGGUGGCGGAGCAGUACCCUCUCAACACGAAGGUCGAGGCAGCCAAGCGGUACGCCGAGGGCCUGGAGAAAAACGUCAGCGGACAUUACUGUACGGUGAAGAACCUCAACCUUCUCUGUGAAAACGAAGGCGCCUACAAGGUCCGCGGAGCGAAGGUCAAGCCGAUGAACUUGGAAGUGAAAGUUCAUAACAAUUUACACGACGGGACCGAAGUUUAA